CACACAUAAAAAGAAAAGAAAAAAAAAAGUACUUACGAAGAUGUCUAAUUCCGAAUGCAGAGGUAAAAGAUCUUGGCCCGAGUUGGUUGGGGUACCUGGAAAUGUAGCUGUAGCAACAAUUGAGAGGGAGAACCCUUUGGUGAAUGCAAUUAUUUUGCCACCUGGAACUCUUCCGACCCUCGAUUUUCGAUGCGAUCGUGUGUGGGUGUAUGUCAACAGCAAUGGCAAUGUUACGAGGGUUCCUGUGAUUGGUUAAUUAUUGUUGUAUUAGGGUUUGAAUAUGAUUAAUAAAACAUCAUGUAUGUAUGUAUGGUGUGAAUAUUACGAAUAAAACUAUGAAUGGGUGUAUGAAUAUCUAGUACGUACUUCUGUACGAUCGUGUAUGCGUUUCAUAACGUGUUUUUAUGUCAAAUAAAUGUGGAAGAUGUUGUUGUUGUUGUUUCCUU